UCCUCUCCUCCUGCUCGCGUUAGUUCCGGUCGCAGAGGAGACAGCGCCGCAGUUGCCGCCAGCUCGGGGAUUUCUGGCUCUUUUCUCUUCGCCUUAAAUUCGGGUGUCUUUUAUGAAUAAUCAAAAGCAGCAAAAACCAACGCUAUCAGGCCAGCGUUUUAAAACCAGAAAAAGAGAUGAAAAAGAGAGGUUUGACCCUACUCAGUUUCAAGACUGUAUUAUUCAAGGCUUAACUGAAACCGGUACUGAUUUGGAAGCAGUAGCUAAGUUUCUUGAUGCUUCUGGAGCAAAACUUGACUACCGCCGCUAUGCAGAAACACUCUUCGACAUUCUGGUGGCUGGCGGAAUGCUGGCCCCAGGUGGUACACUGGCAGAUGACAUGAUGCGCACAGAUGUCUGUGUGUUUGCAGCACAAGAAGACCUAGAGACCAUGCAAGCAUUCGCUCAGGUUUUUAACAAGUUAAUCAGGCGCUACAAAUACCUGGAGAAAGGUUUUGAAGAUGAAGUUAAAAAGUUACUGCUCUUCCUAAAGGGAUUUUCAGAGUCAGAGAGGAACAAGCUCGCCAUGUUGACUGGGGUCCUUCUGGCUAAUGGAACCCUUAAUGCAUCCAUUCUCAACAGCCUUUAUAAUGAGAAUUUGGUUAAAGAAGGGGUUUCAGCAGCUUUUGCUGUAAAGCUCUUUAAAUCAUGGAUAAAUGAAAAAGACAUCAAUGCAGUUGCUGCGAGUCUUCGGAAAGUCAGCAUGGACAACAGACUGAUGGAGCUGUUCCCUGCCAAUAAACAAAGCGUGGAGCACUUCACUAAGUAUUUCACUGAGGCAGGCUUGAAAGAGCUCUCCGAGUAUGUCCGCAACCAGCAGACCAUUGGGGCUCGCAAGGAACUCCAGAAGGAGCUCCAGGAGCAGAUGUCCCGCGGCGACCCAUUCAAGGACAUAAUUUUAUAUGUAAAGGAGGAGAUGAAAAAAAAUAACAUCCCAGAGCCGGUGGUCAUCGGGAUAGUGUGGUCAAGCGUGAUGAGCACCGUGGAGUGGAACAAGAAAGAGGAGCUCGUAGCAGAACAAGCCAUCAAGCACUUGAAGCAAUACAGCCCUCUACUCGCUGCCUUCACUACUCAAGGUCAGUCUGAGCUGACUCUGUUACUGAAGAUUCAGGAGUAUUGCUAUGACAACAUUCACUUCAUGAAAGCCUUCCAGAAAAUAGUGGUGCUUUUUUAUAAAGCUGAGGUCCUGAGUGAAGAGCCCAUUCUGAAGUGGUAUAAAGACGCACAUGUUGCAAAGGGAAAAAGUGUCUUCCUUGAGCAAAUGAAGAAGUUUGUAGAAUGGCUCAAAAAUGCUGAGGAGGAGUCUGAGUCUGAAGCUGAAGAAGGUGACUGAAUUUUGAAACAACAUCCUCAGUAAAGCAAACAGGAGUUGUAGAUAAAAUGUCAUGUCUCAUGUGUCCUGGUUCUUACAUCUUCCUACCUCCCUAUAUCAAGCAUGAUAUAAGGGCUUUCAUGGCAAUUUUUAUUUUAACUGUUUUUAUGGUUACUGGAAAUGUUGGGUUUGGUUUCUGAAACCAUGUGUAAGGAGCUGCAGGAGCCGUAGAAUUGAAUCUGAUGUUGCAUUGGUUUUCAGUUACUUUCUACCUCCUGUAUUUUCUACUGUAAUAAUGUGAUGUAAGGCCUUCCGCAAUGAGCAGUUCACUUUAUCCCCUGGGUUUUCUAUAUAAACAGUUUUCAAGAUAUGAUUUGGUUAAAAAAAUUUGUUACAAAAAGAUUCUGUUUGCAAAUUAAACUGUAAAAGUAUCCAAAGUCUCAAAAGGCAGUGAUUUGUGUGAUAACUUAGUGUGUCCAGAGCCCUGUUCAUCAGUGAGAGUCCUGUAGUUGAUUGAGUCAUAACAUGAAUCCUGGCGUUGGGUAUAUGUGAGCAUUUUCUUAGAUUUUUAACCCCAGGUGAUGUUUGAUUUCUGGGUUUCAUCCUUAGUAAAGCCAUGGAGAGCAAACUUAAGUUUGAGAACUACUUGUGGCAGAGGUAGGAAGAAGGAAGCUGAGUCUUUUUCCAGAAACUUCUAGGUUAAUUUGCAUAUUUUCAAGUAGAACAAGUUGAUGACUCCUCAUACAAAUGCUCCACCCCAGGAUACAGCGAGACUGUUGGAAAGAGUUCCCACAAGAGUGAGUUAGGAAAUGUCGCUAAACCGUAAGAUUGUUAGCAGUGUUUUAGGUGAGCGGGUUCUAACAGGAUCUCUGCAGGACUCUUCUUUUAUGAAGUUGAAGGGCAGUCGUUAGCAGCCUGCCCUUCAGUUGUCUGGGCCUGACCCCAUUCUACUAUAUUCAAGCACCCUAGGAACUCACCCUGGUUGCCUUUUUUUUUUUUUUUUUUUUUUUUUUUUAAUUGCCAUGAGCCAAAUACUUCAAUUGAUUAAUCCAUUUAUUUUAAUGGCUGCCUUCAUUGCUUUUCUCUUUGCUAUCCAUUUAUAGUUAGUUGGUAGGGGAAGAUGUAGCCACCUUUUUGGGAAAGGCUAAAAGUGGACAUUUUGAAAGGUUUUUUUUUUUUUAAUUGCUAGAAGAAAAUAGUAAGAAUAAUGCCACCAGAGACUUCAGUGGAAAUUGCCCAUUUUGAAGGUGCCAUUCUUAGAAGCCAAGAAUUUGGUAUUUAAAGUUUAUCUUGAGAGAAUAACAUGUAAUAUAAUUUGAAAUAAAGGUGUAGUAACCUUAAGAGCAUUAUAGUGAAAACAUUGGUGGGUGGGGUGAAUUUGUAAAAUGAAUGACUUUGAUAAAGUUUUAUGCACAGGCAAUGUAUUCAUUAGAUUCUGUGUAGUGAUCUUUCCCUUUGUAAUUUGUAGUCCUAAAAAGAUUUUUUUUUAAAUAAAGUCCAUCCUUACAUUUA